AUGGGCUUCACUCUCCACUCCGUCUACUUCACCUUGAAGGUGAGUUUGCUGCUGGGCUCCUUGCUGGGUCUCUGUUUGGGUCUGGAGUUCAUGGGCAUCCCCAACCAGUGGGCCCGCUACCUCCGCUGGGAUGCCAGCACUAGGAGCGAACUCAGCUUCCAGUUCAAGACCAACGUCUCUGCUGGGCUGCUCCUCUACUUUGAUGAUGGUGGUGUCUGUGACUUCCUCUGUCUGUCCCUUGUUGACGGGCGCAUCCAGCUCCAGUUUAGUGUGGACUGUGCGGAGACUACAGUUAUCACAGACAAACAGGUCAACGACAGCAACUGGCACUUCCUGAUGGUCAGCCGCAAUCACCUUCGGACAGUGCUAGUGCUGGAUGGUGAAGCCAAGCCGGGCGAAGUGCGUCCACAACGCCAGUAUAUGAAUAUCGUCAGUGACCUUUUUGUUGGUGGAGUCCCACUGGACAUCCGUCCUGCUGCCUUGACCCUUGAUGGUGUUCUGGGUGAGCCUCCAUUUCAAGGAUUUAUCCUGGAUCUGAAAUACGGCAACUCUGAGCCACAGCUCCUGGGCAGUCAAGGGGUCCGACUGGAAAUGGAAGGGCUUUGUGCAGAAAACCCCUGUGAAAAUGGUGGCACUUGCUUCCUUCUGGAUGGCGAGCCACACUGUGACUGCUCAGCCACUGGAUAUGCUGGCAAGCUGUGUUCUGAAGAUGUCAAUCAUAUUCCAGGCCUCUCACACCUGAUGAUGGGUGAACAAGGUAGAAGUAAAGCACGAGAUGAGAACAUGGCCACUUUCCGUGGUUCCGAAUACCUUUGCUAUGACCUGUCGCAAAACCCCAUCCAGAGCAGCAGCGAUGAGAUCACUCUCUCCUUCAAGACAUGGCAACGCAACGGGCUCAUUCUGCACACCGGCAAGUCAGCUGAUUAUGUCAACCUGGCCCUGAAAGACGGUGCAGUUUCGUUGGUCAUUAACCUGGGGUCUGGGGCCUUCGAGGCCAUUGUGGAGCCGGUCAAUGGCAAGUUCAAUGACAACGCAUGGCAUGACGUUAAGGUGACACGCAACCUGCGGCAGCACUCAGGCAUUGGACACGCUAUGGUAAACAAACUACAUUGUCUGGUGACAAUCUCAGUGGAUGGCAUCCUUACCACCACGGGCUACACGCAGGAGGACUACACCAUGCUGGGCUCAGAUGACUUCUUUUACGUGGGAGGGAGCCCCAGUACUGCUGAUUUACCUGGCUCUCCAGUAAGCAACAACUUCAUGGGCUGCCUCAAAGAGGUUGUUUAUAAGAAUAACGACAUUCGUCUGGAGCUGUCUCGCUUGGCACGGAUUGGUGAUACUAAGAUGAAGAUCUACGGGGAAGUGAAAUUCAUAUGUGAGAAUGUGGCUACACUGGAUCCCAUCAGCUUUGAGACACCUGAGGCCUAUAUUAGUCUGCCUAAAUGGAAUACCAAAAGGAUGGGCUCCAUCUCAUUUGAUUUCCGAACCACUGAACCCAAUGGACUGAUCCUUUUCACCCAUGGCAAGCCUCAGGAGAGGAAAGAUGCCAGGAGCCAGAAAAAUACAAAGGUAGACUUCUUUGCAGUUGAGCUGCUAGACGGGAACCUCUACUUGCUGCUGGACAUGGGCUCUGGAACCAUUAAAGUCAAGGCAACCCAGAAGAAAGCCAAUGAUGGAGAGUGGUAUCAUGUGGAUAUUCAACGAGAUGGAAGAUCAGGUACUAUAUCAGUGAACAGCAGACGCACUCCAUUCACUGCUAGUGGGGAGAGUGAGAUCCUAGAUCUGGAAGGCGACAUGUACCUUGGUGGGCUGCCUGAGAACCGGGCAGGACUCAUCCUUCCCACAGAGCUCUGGACAGCAAUGCUGAAUUAUGGCUACGUCGGCUGUAUCCGAGACUUGUUCAUUGAUGGAAGAAGCAAGAACAUUCGGCAGCUGGCAGAGGCACAGAAUGCCGCAGGAGUCAAGUCCUCCUGCUCCCGCCUCAGCACCAAGCAGUGCGACAGCUACCCGUGUAAGAAUAAUGCAGUCUGCAAGGAUGGCUGGAACCGCUUCAUUUGUGACUGCACUGGCACCGGCUAUUGGGGUAGAACAUGUGAGCGAGAGGCCUCUAUCUUGAGCUAUGAUGGCAGCAUGUACAUGAAGAUCAUCAUGCCUAUGGUCAUGCAUACAGAAGCAGAAGACGUGUCCUUCCGUUUCAUGUCCCAGCGUGCUUAUGGGCUGUUGAUGGCAACCACCUCACGAGACUCUGCUGACACUCUGCGGCUGGAGCUGGAUGGAGGCCGUGUCAAACUUAUGGUCAAUUUAGACUGUAUCAGGAUAAACUGUAACGCCAGCAAGGGACCUGAAACUCUUUAUGCUGGGCAGAAACUCAAUGACAAUGAGUGGCACACUGUUCGGGUAGUUCGGCGAGGAAAGAGCCUCAAGCUCAUGGUGGAUGAUGAUGUUGCUGAGGGCACAAUGGUUGGUGAUCACACCCGCUUGGAAUUCCAUAACAUUGAGACAGGGAUCAUGACGGAGAAACGGUACAUCUCUGUCAUCCCCUCCAGCUUCAUUGGCCACCUCCAGAGCCUUAUGUUCAACGGGAUGCUCUACAUUGACCUGUGCAAGAAUGGUGACAUUGACUAUUGCGAGCUGAAGGCACGCUUUGGUCUCCGCAACAUUAUAGCUGACCCUGUGACGUUCAAGACCAAGAGCAGCUACCUGAGCUUGGCCACCUUGCAGGCUUAUACAUCCAUGCACCUCUUCUUUCAGUUCAAGACCACCUCAGCUGAUGGUUUCAUCCUCUUUAACAGCGGUGAUGGCAAUGACUUUAUUGCAGUUGAACUAGUCAAGGGGUAUAUACACUAUGUGUUUGACCUUGGAAACGGACCUAAUGUGAUCAAAGGCAACAGUGAUCGUCCUCUUAAUGACAACCAAUGGCACAACGUCGUCAUCACCAGAGAUAACAGUAACACACACAGCCUAAAGGUGGACACUAAGGUCGUCACUCAGGUUAUAAAUGGUGCCAAAAAUCUGGAUCUUAAAGGUGAUCUCUACAUUGCUGGCCUAGCUCAAGGCAUGUAUAGCAAUCUCCCGAAGCUAGUGGCCUCACGUGAUGGAUUUCAGGGCUGUCUAGCAUCUGUGGACUUGAACGGGCGUCUGCCUGAUCUAAUCAAUGAUGCUCUGCACCGCAGUGGGCAGAUUGAGCGUGGAUGCGAAGUUGAGUUGACUAAAGCUGACCUGCAAGGACCAAGCACUACCUGCCAGGAAGAUUCCUGUGCGAAUCAGGGCAUCUGUAAUCAGCAAUGGGAAGGCUUCACCUGUGAUUGCUCCAUGACUUCAUAUUCUGGGAGCCAGUGUAAUGACCCUGGUGCCACAUAUAUAUUUGGGAAGAGUGGAGGUCUCAUCCUGUACACCUGGCCAGCUAAUGACAGACCAAGCACAAGGACAGACCGUCUUGCUGUGGGCUUCAGCACAACAGUGAAGGAUGGCAUUCUUGUUCGGAUUGACAGUGCCCCUGGGCUUGGUGAUUUUCUGCAGCUGCACAUAGAGCAAGGCAAGAUUGGUGUAGUCUUCAAUAUUGGCACAGUGGACAUCUCUAUUAAAGAGGAAAGCACACCUGUAAAUGAUGGCAAAUACCACGUGGUACGCUUUACCAGGAACGGUGGCAACGCCACACUUCAGGUUGACAGCUGGCCAGUGAAUGAACACUACCCAACAGGCAACACUGAUAGUGAACGGUUCCAAAUGGUAAAACAGAAAAUCCCCUUCAAAUAUAACCGGCCCGUAGAGGAGUGGCUGCAGGAAAAAGGACGACAGUUAACGAUCUUCAACACCCAGGCGCAAAUAGCCAUAGGAGGGAAGGACAGAGGGCGUCUCUUCCAAGGCCAGCUCUCCGGUCUCUAUUACAAUGGCUUGAAAGUGCUGAACAUGGCAGCAGAGAACAAUCCCAACAUUAAAAUCAAUGGAAGUGUCCGACUCGUUGGGGAAGUCCCUUCCAUCUUGGGAACAACACCCACAACCUCUGUGCCACCAGAAAUGUCUACUACAGUCAUGGAAACCACAACUACGAUGGCCACCACUACAACUCGAAAAAAUCGUUCGCCACCCAGCAUCCAGGUGAGAGACAGUACUACAUCUCCGACAACGGAUGACAUCGUUUCAUCAGCUGAAUGUUCCAGUGAUGAUGAAGAUUUCAUUGACUGUGAGCCCAGUACAGGAGGUGAAUUAGUUAUCCCACUACUUGUAGAAGACCCUUUAGAUAUCCCUCCUAUUGCUACUCGUGCACCUUUCAUUACACUUCCCCCUACCUUUCGCCCCCUCCUCACCAUUAUUGAGACCACCAAAGAUUCCCUGUCCAUGACCUCUGAGGCGGGGUUACCUUGCUUGUCGGACCAAGGCAGCGAUGGUUGUGAUGAUGAUGGCUUGGUGAUAUCUGGGUAUGGCUCAGGGGAAACCUUUGACUCUAACCUACCCCCUACUGAUGAUGAAGAUUUUUACACCACCUUCUCCUUGGUAACAGAUAAGAGUCUUUCCACUUCAAUCUUCGAAGGUGGCUACAAAGCACACGCACCCAAGUGGGAAUCCAAGGACUUUAGACCUAACAAAGUCUCCGAAACUGGUAGGACUACUACCACGUCUUUGUCCCCUGAGCUGAUCCGCUCCACAGCUUCGUCCUCGACUGGGAUGGUGCCCAAAUUGCCAGCCGGCAAAAUGAAUAACCGUGAGCUCAAACCCCAGCCUGACAUAGUCUUGCUUCCGUUGCCCACUGCCUAUGAGCUAGACAGCACAAAGCUGAAGAGCCCGCUAAUCACUUCCCCCAUGUUCCGUAAUGUGCCCACAGCAAACCCCACGGAGCCGGGAAUCAGACGGGUUCCGGGGGCCUCAGAGGUGGUCCGCGAGUCGAGCAGCACAACGGGGAUGGUCGUCGGCAUUGUGGCUGCUGCCGCCCUCUGCAUCCUCAUCCUCCUGUAUGCCAUGUACAAGUACAGGAACAGGGACGAGGGGUCCUAUCAGGUGGACGAGACGCGGAACUACAUCAGCAACUCAGCCCAGAGCAAUGGCACGCUCGUGAAGGAGAAGCAGCAGAGCUCAAAGAGCGGCCACAAGAAACAGAAAAACAAGGACAAAGAGUAUUAUGUGUAAAAAAGAAUACUUAUUUAUAUAUAAAUAUAUAAAUACUUAAUGAGAUUUAACUGAAAUAUCAGAACCAUUGCAGCGAGUGAGAUUGGGAGAUAUCGUUUGUGGGAAAAAGUAUUGGGAAAAAAAAAAAUUCAGCAGUGACUGUUAAUGUCUCAGUCAUCACUUGGAGUCAGCAAACUCUGCCCUAAUGUAUUAUAAAGCACACUUAGCGUUCUGGAGAUGGCGCGCACAGCUCUGCCCUGUUAGUGAACUUGGACGUCUCCAAAUCUCCUCCUCCGCUGAACUUUCUGCAAAGGUAGAAGACUUCAUGGCUUACUUGUUUCAUAUCUCCAAGUGAGUCUUUAACAAUGUUCGUGAUCCCUGACUGUAUCGAUAAUUUUUCAGUUUACUUAUU